GGAACCUUUUUCAGACGGAACCAUUUAUCUUGCUAGAACAGUACUACCCGGUCGAUUUUUGUUGCGCGCUCAGGAAGUGUGUAAAUGCAAAGCGCUCUGUGUAAUACACUUAUAGUGAACGCUAUUCCUAUUUUAUUACAUUCUUCAACACGUAUCAGUGUGUAGUUUGGAAAUACUGCAGGACAGUAGAGCUACACUCAGCGCAAGAUGUUUGCUGGGUUGCCUGAGCUUGGGAUAUCCAAUGGCGAAGAUCUGAAAGAAACUUUGACGAACUGCACAGAGCCUCUGAAAGCUAUUGACCAGUUUCAGAUGGAGAACGGCAUAUUGUUGCCGACGCUGCAGUCCGCGCUUCCUUUCCUCGAUCUUCACGGCACUCCUCGGCUGGAGUUUCAUCAGUCGGUGUUCGACGAGCUCCGGGACAAGCUGAUGGAGCGAGUCGCUUUCAUUGCUGAAGGCAAAGACGAGGACAGAUACCACAAGUUGGAGGAACUUCUUGAGAAGAGCUUCCCGCUGGUCAAGAUGCCGUCCAUCCAGCCUGUCGUCAUGCAGGUUAUGAAACACUUACCAAAGGUGCCGGAGAAGAAGCUGAAGCAGGUGAUGGCUGAUAAGGAGCUGUAUAAAGUUUGCGCAGUGGAGGUGAAGAGGCAGAUCUGGCAGGAUAACCAGGCUCUGUUUGGUGACGAGGUCUCUCCUUUGCUCAAGCAGUACAUCGUGGAGAAAGAGGCUGCACUCUUCAGCAGCGAUCUCUCCAUACUGCAUAACUUUUUCAGUCCUUCUCCCAAAACCCGGCGGCAGGGAGAAGUUGUACAGAAGCUCACUCAGAUGAUCGGGAAGAAUGUGAAGCUGUACGAUAUGGUGCUGCAGUUCCUAAGGACGCUUUUCCUGCGCACGCGGAACGUGCACUACUGUACCCUGCGCGCCGAGCUCCUCAUGUCCCUGCACGAUCUGGACGUCAGUGAGAUCUGCUCCGUCGAUCCAUGCCACAAGUUCACUUGGUGCUUGGACGCCUGCAUCAGGGAAAAGUUUGUUGAUGCCAAACGAGCCCGAGAGCUGCAGGGUUUCUUGGACAGUAUGAAGAAAGGCCAGGAGCAAGUGCUCGGGGAUCUCUCUAUGAUCCUGUGUGACCCGUUUGCCAGUAACACGCUCGUGCUGAGCACAGUGAGGAACCUGCAGGAGCUGCUCAGCCAGGACGCAUUGCCCAGAGACAGUCCAGACCUGCUGCUGCUCCUCAGGAUGCUCUGUCUCGGGCAGGGAGCUUGGGACAUGAUUGACAGCCAGGUUUUCAAAGAGCCACGCCUGGAAUUGGAAGUUGUUACACGUUUCCUGCCAGCCAUGAUGUCGAUAGUGGUGGACGAUUACACAUUCACUGUAGAACAGAAGCUUCCCAGUGAAGAGAAGAGCUCCCUCACCUACCCCAACACCCUGCCUGACACUUUUACCAGAUAUUUGCAGGAAAACAGAGUUGCGUGUGAGAUGGGUCUGUAUUAUGUACUCCAUAUUGCUAAGCAGAGGAAUAAGAACGCUCUGCAGAGGUUGCUCCCUUCUUUGGUGGAGACGUACAAUGACAUGUCCUUCGGAGACAUUUUCCUUCAUCUCCUUACCGGCCACCUGACCCUUCUGUCUGACGAGUUCGGCACCGAGGAGUUCUGCAUGUCCGUUUUCGACAACUUCCUGCUCACGUCCUCCUCCAGCAAGGAGAAUGUGCACAGACACACACUACGCUUGUUGAACCAUCUCCACCAGAAAGUGCACUCAUCUUCCAUGGAAGCACUGAUGAAAACACUUGAACCACCCAAACAGAGCAGUGAGCCGGUAAAAGAACUCUACACGCAGCUGGUGGAAAAGAUCGAGGCAUCGAAACGCAGUCCACCCGAACCUGAGGAAGCGCCAACCCUGGACCUGGGCCUGCACCCGGUCACCGUCCCCACCACGCCAACCACUCCUGUCUGAUACGUACCGCCGAGACGGAUGCAGACGCAGCCGUAUUUUUCAGUGGUAUAUUUUGAUCAUUUCUCGUUUUUCUUAUCCAAAGGUCAUUUUAAAAACCAUCAUCUUGGUUCAGAAUGGCACCGUUGAGAACUAGUGCUUGAUUUGUUAUGAGUGAGUAUUUUAAAGUGUGGUCUUGUUUAAUUGUUGUAUCAGUUAAAAGCGAUACUAUAUGUACAGUACUCUUGUGACUGACUGUUCAUGUAUGGAUUGUUUGUAGCCAAGCCCAGUUGUAAAUAAAAUUAUUUAGAAAACAAUCUCUUCCAAGUCUUCCAAUUACAUCUACUCCCCCCCUUCCUCCCGUGGAUAACAGAAGUUAAUCUGAAAUCUCUGGCAGGGAACGUCAUCCUGAUUCCAACUGAGGAACUUACACUAAUCUGUAACAUUUGUGCUGUUUAUCUUCCUCAGUUUUUUUUAAAACAAAUUGUAAGUAGGCGAUUCUCACAGAGCACCAGAGAUAAACCUCUUCCUCUGUUAAACUCAUUCCUGGAGCUCUGUAGGAAGCAGUGUCUCUCUUGUCCUCUCUUGUGUUGUAGCUCUUCCUGCUAGGAUGGGCAGUCAGGAAUCAUCAUGAAACGCAGAAUUCCCAGGUUUUAGGUUCGCCAUCACUCUCUGGCUUGUUUCUCGAAGACGAGCGCGAAAACCUUCUCAGGUUAGGGAAAAGUUCAUUUUCUUGGUUCAUUUUUCUUCAUCUGUUUUAUUAUACAGAAUGUUGAAAAUAUAUUGAGAUAUUUCUAAUAAGUGUCCAGUAGUAGUAUUCUUUUAAUCCCAAUAAAGGAUGUACAUUUAAUAUGUAGAAUUUUUUUUUUUUUUUUUUUUUUACAAAUACAAAUGUGCUUCCUUGUAGUGGUAGUUAAUUGGGAAUUGCCCCUAUGUAGAAAUAAAUAGGAACUGAAAACAGGAAUUUAGAAAGUUUUAUUAGAAACUGAAAUGUGUACAUGUACUCACGCCCAAUGCAACCAAUCAUGGGAAUUUCCCAGGAGACUUCCUGUACUUUGUGGUGGUGGUGGUUGUUGGGGUUUUUUUUUUAAAGGUAAAUAUUGCCUGUCUAGAGAUGAGACUCUCCUCCCACCUGAAACCCAAAAACACGAACAGGUAUUAGAAUAUGAACGAGGUGUUCUCGAGAGAGCCGUAUUCAAACGUACCAAAAAAAUAAGAAGAUUUGACGUGGCUAAUUAACCGAGGAAAACAAGAAACAGAAAAUACAGUACACUAACUUCCUAGGCUUGAAACAGGAGAGGAUUUCACGCAAUUUAUCAUGUAUCCAGAAUACAACAUUAUUAUUAACUACAAGAUAAGCUACUUCAAUAGUACCGAAGAGACUGAAGAAUUCAGUUAAGUCAGGUCAGGUGGAACUUCCAAUAACAUUUUAAGUGGAGGGAGAGUACCCCACAAGCAAACAUACCAACCGCAAAGAUCAUUACAAAAGCGAGUGAGAUGUAUCAGUUUCCCUGGAAGUGACGAUUUUGUUCUCUUCAACACACGGGACGGAGAUGGUGCUUUAUUCGCAAAUAUUUUAUGCGAUAUUCCAAUUUUUCACUUAAGUUAAAUUCGCAACAUGGAUGGAAACAUAGCGUGUGUGGAUGAGAGCAGAUGGCGCUUUGCUCUGUGUGUGUUAGGUCGCCCUGUGAUGCGGUAUGAGCAACAACUUGAAAAGUUGUGGUUGCCUGGCUUCACAUGUCUCGGAGAAAGCACUUAUUAGCCUUCACCCUCCCUGGAUGCUAGCUGUCGUACUGUAUGAUCAGGGAGAGCUGGCCGGUUGGUGGAAAUUGGCAGGUGACCAAUCUGUGGGAAAAAAAAUUAUGAAAAUUCGAUGAAUAUAUAAAUUAGAUAGAGUCCCAACCGUACACACACCACCCCCUUCCUGGUAUUCUUGUAUAUUACAGCCUGCAUUUGCAUAUUGAUCCUGAUAGCCUGUUCUAUUUUAUGACAAAACAACACUUGCUUGAUUGCAAGUCCGAUUUUCCAGUUAGAUUUUCAGAUCUCGCCGUUUCUUAGAUUUAUACGGGAAAGGUUAUUCAUUUGCUUAUUCAAAUAAAUUCUUUAUUUAUAUGACAUACUGUACAUUUUAUAGACGUUUGGGCUGACUUUAAUGGGAAGUACCUAAACACUGUUGUUUGGUCUGUUCUUUUCUUCAUGACACUGACAAAUAAUACAGUGAAAAAUAAAUAAAUGGAUAUGGUGAAUACACUUGAAGCCAUUAAGAGGUAUAUGCUUAGUAUAUAUUAGUUUUAAAUAGUUUUAAGGAAAAGACAAAGUAGGGAGCAUUACGACUAGGUUAUAUAAGCAAAUUUUGACACAAAUAUCAUUAAAUCCAUCCAUCCAUCCAUCCAUUUUCUGUACCGCAUCCUACAGAGGGUCAGAUAAUUUACCCACAGCACAGAUAAUUUAGGGAUGCCAAUCAGCCUACAAUGCAUGUCUUGAGUGCCAGACUGGGGCAGGAAACCCCCAAAGCACGGGGAGAACAUGUAAUCUCAGUGCAAACAGGGCAGAAUUUAAACUAAACCCCCAACAUUGCAGGUGUGUGGCAAACAUGCUAGCUUCUACAACCACAACCUCACUGUACAGCUCGGUUCACUCACACUCAUGCCAACCAGGACGGCCAGGAACCUUGGGGUGAUUCUUGAUGACGGCUUGACCUUUACAGACCAUAUCUCAGCAACUGCAAGGUCCUGUAGGUUCAUCCUUUACAACAUCAAGAAAAUCCAACCCUACAUCACCAAACAGGCUACACAGAUACUAGUCCAGGCUCUUGUUAUCUCUAAACUGGACUACUGCAACUCACUGCUUUCAGGCCUCCCAGCCAGCUCCAUCAAACCCCUUGAGAUGAUUCAGAAUGCUGCAGCACGCCUCGUCUUCAACCAGUCCAAGAGAACCCAUGUCACACCCCUCUUCAUCUCCCUCCACUGGCUUCCUGUAGCUGCCUGCAUCAAGUUCAAGGCCUUGAUGCUCACCUACAAGACCUUGUCAGGAACAGCACCCUCCUACCUCAACACUAUCCUGAAGGCCUACGUUCCCUCUCGCAAUC